AUGAUCCCUUUUCUAGCUCUUCUGCUUAUGGCAACUCUUGUUCGUCAAGGCUUUGCAGCUUUACCAACCUGCAACGCCCAACGGCCCAAUAUUGUCUUUAUUUUUACCGACGAUCAAGAUCUUCAUUUGAAUUCGUUGGACUACAUGCAAAACGUGCAAAAUCUCAUCGUGGACAAAGGAACUACAUUUACCAAGCACUUUGCCACCGUUUCCAAUUGCUGCCCUAGCCGAGCAUCCUUGCUUCGAGGCCAGCACGGCCAUAACACCAAUAUCACUCAUGUGCGAAAUCCAGGGGGAAACUAUCAGAAAUGGCGGUUGAUGGGCGAGGACAACAAUUAUCUUCCUAUCUGGUUACAGAAUGCUGGAUACCGGACUGAGUAUCUUGGCAAGUUCCUAAAUGGUUACAGUAAGGCUCUGUAUCAGUAUAGUCCUAAAGGGUGGGACCAUAUCGAUGCUUUGGUUGACCCAUGGGUAUACGACUUCAACCGACCUGUCUUCUCUGCCAAUGGGGAAACGCCUAUACUCUUCCAAGGCUAUCAUCAAACCGACGUGCUGCGAGCCAAGAUGAUUGCAAGGCUCAAGUAUCUUACCGAGGAGCAAGAAAAACCGUUUUAUCUCACUCUCGGUACUGUUGCACCCCACGUGCGAACCGGCGGCAAUCUCCCAAUUGCUCAGGUGCGGCAUCAGCAAGACUUUCUCGACGCCACAGCACCUCGGACCAAGAAUUUCAACCCAGACCAAGUGUAUACAGAUCAGAAGCCUUCGUGGCUUAAGGAGUUCAAAUCUCUUAAUCAAUCGCAGCUAGACCGCAUAGAUGAGCACUACCGUCGCCGAGUCCAGACGCUUCAAGGCGUCGAUGAGAUUGUGCACGACGUAGUUGAUACAACUGAAGUCGCUUUGACAAUUAAACUUUACGCUGACAGCAUAUCAGUUGUAUUUUCCGCUGAUAAUGGUUAUCAUAUGGGCCAGCACCGUGCAGGUGCUGGCAAGACGUUGCCUUACAUUACUGAUACUAACGUUCCCUUCCUCGUACGAGGCCCCGAUAUCCCCCAGGGCAUCAUCUCGACAUUACCUGGCAAACAUCUGGAUUUGGCGCCCACUUUCUUGGAAAUCGCAUGCGUCGAUGAAUCCGAGUACCCCGUACUUCUUGAUGGCCGAAGUCUCCUCAGUAACUGGCAUAAUCCUCGGAAUGAAACUGACUCCAAUCACCAUGAUAUCAUCAACAUCGAAUUUUGGGGUGGCGGAGAGAGUGAGUUACCAGGACAAAGUGGGAACACAAGAAACAGCUAUAAAGCGAUUCGUGUGAUUGGGACCAGUUCAUCCUGGUUGUACACCAAGUGGUGCACGGGCGACACUGAGCUUUAUGACACUUUGGUAAGGAUACUCUACUUGCAUCCCAUGCUAGCUCUCUAUCUAAUCAUAAUACAGAAUGAUCCGUGGGAGCUCAACAACCUCGCCCACGAAUCCAACGACCCUGAUGAGGAGAUCAAGCGUCUCAUCCAGCGUCUCAACGGCAUUCUCCUCGUCACAAAGUCGUGCGAGCAAGACAACUGCCGCAAUCCUUGGACCGUCUUGCAGAACCAUUGCAAAACGGAAGAUUCGGAUUGCCCAGAUGGCGAUAUCUUUUCCAACCUCGAGGCUGCCAUGGAUACAAAAUACGAUGCCUUCUUUCAAAGUCUUCCGGAAUUCAAUUUCAAGGAAUGUCUUCUUGUACAAGUCGCUGACAACGAGGAGCCAUUUUUGCCUGCCUCAUCUAAGAAGCUUGGAGGCGACUUCCGCGAACAUGUGGACCAAUAUGUCGACCCAUCUACAAAUUCAACAAAGGAGGUUCCGUAUAAUAGCCAGCAGCAGGGCACCCAAGAGCAGAGGAAUGUUCAGAUUGAUGAAAUGAUGGAAACGGCGCGAGAAUUAACGUUGGAGGAAUUGGGUAUUUGA